AAAAAUCCGAAACAGAGAGAGAGAGAGAGAGAGUUGGACGGAAAAGGGAGUUGCGAGGGAAGUCUCCAAGAAAGGGAAAGGUUUUGACCCUUUCUCUCAUAUCAUACCUUAGCUCCAAUAUUUCUAUCUGUUUUUUCACACUCUAAAUCCCUCAUAUCCAUCCCCAAAACCUCCCAAUCAUCUCACCCAUCUUCUCCCUUUUCUCUUUCCCAGCUUGAGUUCAACAGAGAUCUGAAAUUUCCCCGGAGAAAUCCGUCUUGAUUACCCUGUUUACCUCAUAAAGAUCAGUUUUUUAUCCCUUUGACCGCUUCUUUUUGAAAAUUUGCUGGUUCUCUGAGAGCUUUGACUGGGAAAGCUGAGAUUUUGAUUGAUCUGAGUCACUUCAACUGAGAAUUCGAAGCUUUUUGGCCUAAUGGGUAAUUGCUGUGCCACGCCGGAGACUUCCGAGGAAACUAGGGGAAAAAACAAGCCAAACCCGUUCUCCGUCGACUAUGGCGGAAACCAUAACCACGGAAACGGCGGAUACCGGUCGUAUGUGCUGGAAAACCCGACCGGCCACGAUAUCGAGGCGACAUACGAGCUAGGCCGCGAGCUCGGGCGGGGAGAAUUUGGGGUUACGUAUUUGUGCAUUGAUAAAUCCACCGGCGACCAUUUGGCCUGCAAAUCGAUUUCCAAGAAGAAGCUGAGGACCAGAGUGGAUAUUGAGGAUGUUAGGAGGGAAGUUGAGAUCAUGAAACAUUUGCCUAAGCAUCCCAACAUUGUGAGCUUGAAGGACACGUACGAGGAUGAUCAAGCCGUCCAUUUAGUGAUGGAGUUGUGCGAGGGUGGUGAGCUGUUUGAUCGGAUUGUUGCCAGGGGACACUAUACUGAGAGGGCUGCUGCUGUUGUCACUCGCACCAUUGUUGAAGUCAUUCAGAUGUGCCAUAAGCAUGGUGUGAUGCAUCGGGAUCUCAAGCCUGAGAAUUUCUUGUUUGCAAACAAGAAGGAAACUGCAGCCUUAAAGGCCAUUGAUUUUGGGCUUUCGGUGUUCUUCAAACCUGGCGAGAGGUUUAAUGAGAUUGUGGGAAGCCCGUAUUACAUGGCUCCCGAGGUGCUAAAAAGAAACUAUGGCCCAGAAGUGGAUGUUUGGAGUGCUGGAGUCAUUCUCUACAUCUUACUAUGCGGUGUUCCACCUUUUUGGGCAGAAACUGAACAAGGAGUUGCUCAAGCGAUCAUUAGGUCUGUUGUUGACUUCCGAAGGGACCCCUGGCCUAAGGUUUCUGACAAUGCUAAGGACCUCGUGAAAAAGAUGCUCAACCCAGACCCUAGCAAGCGACUUACAGCUCAGGAAGUAUUAGAUCAUCCUUGGUUACAAAAUGCAAAGAAGGCUCCUAACGUUUCUCUGGGUGAAACCGUAAAAGCAAGGCUGAAGCAAUUCUCUGUGAUGAACAAGCUGAAGAAAAGAGCUCUGAGGGUGAUAGCGGAGCAUUUGUCAGUGGAGGAAGUGGCUGGAAUAAAGGAAGGGUUCCAAUUAAUGGACACGAACAACAAAGGGAAGAUUGACAUUAAUGAGUUGAGAGUCGGGUUGCAGAAACUUGGCCAUCAUAUCCCCGAAUCAGAUCUUCAAGCUCUUAUGGACGCUGGUGAUGUUGAUAAGGAUGGCUAUCUGGAUUGCGCAGAGUUCGUGGCAAUUUCUGUCCACCUUAGGAAGAUGGGCAACGAUGAACACCUGAAGAAAGCGUUUGCAUUCUUCGACAAGAACCAGACUGGAUAUAUAGAGAUCGAGGAGUUACGUGACGCCUUAGCUGAUGAUAUUGAUACAAACAGCGAUGAAAUUGUUAAUGCUAUCAUGCAAGAUGUAGAUACAGACAAGGAUGGACGCAUAAGCUAUGAUGAGUUUGCUGUCAUGAUGAAGGCGGGGACAGAUUGGAGGAAGGCCUCAAGGCAGUAUUCACGAGAACGAUACAACAAUCUCAGCUUGAAAUUGAUGAAGGAUGGAUCCUUUGCUAGCGAGGGUAGAUAGCUCGAGAAGGGUAGCAGAUCAUCGCCAGAUGUUUAACCGAAGAAAUUGUACAAGAACCGCUGUUUUUAACUACUGGAAUUCUCUCCUCGUUUUUUCCUCUUUCGUUUGUCGAUGAUUCUCUUUGUAUUGUUUGUGCAAAUCCCAUUGCUGAUGGGGAUGAAAAUAGAUUUCAAGCCCCCAGUUCUUGUUGGUUUGUCUAGUGAAUACACUUUUUUUUUCUUUUUUUUUUUUUGGCUUGGAAGGUUGAAGAAUUGGGAAGGUAUUUAUUUCAGGUUGUAAA